UCUCAGUCAUCCAAGCAAAGCUUUGCUACCAAUUUCUAGAACCCUCUUUAUCUCUUUUAUAAAACCUAUCCUUCUUCCUUUCCUUGCCCUGCCGAACUUGCUAGGGUUUUGCAUUAUCUUCUUCUGCGCGCAUUCCCGCUUUGGUCACUCGAUUCUUUCAAAUCUGAAGUUAGGGUUUUGCUUCAGGAAUGGCGACAACUCAGCUGACGGCGCCGUCAAUUUCCGCAAGGCGCUUGCCGUCGUUUGAGGGAUUGAAGCCUUCAACUGUGAGUGUUCCGUUGGUUGGUAUGAGGAAAGGAGGGCUCAGCCUCGGGUCCUUCCGCGGCCGCCUUGUUGUUAAAGCUGCCACCACGGUUGCCCCCAAGUUCACUACACUCAAGCCAUUGGGUGAUAGAGUGUUGGUGAAGAUUAAGACUGCAGAGGAGAAGACUGUAGGUGGCAUCUUACUUCCAUCAUCAGCACAGACAAAGCCACAAGGAGGUGAGGUUGUUGCUUUUGGCGAGGGUAAGGCAAUUGGGAAGAACAAAGUGGAAAUUAGUGUGAAGACUGGUUCCCGAAUUGUGUACUCCAAGUAUGCAGGGACUGAGGUGGAAUUCAGUGGAUCAAAACAUCUUAUACUAAAGGAGGAUGACAUUGUUGGUAUUUUGGAGACAGAUGAUAUCAAGGAUAUGAAGCCGUUGAACGAUAGAGUCUUGAUUAAGGUGGCCGAGGUUGAGGAUAAAACUGCUGGUGGCUUGUUGCUAACAGAGGCAACCAAGGAGAAACCAUCCAUUGGCACGGUGGUUGCUGUCGGACCAGGACCCCUGGAUGAGGAAGGUAAGAGAAAGCCGCCAUCUGUCGCUUCCGGGAACACAGUGUUGUACUCAAAGUACGCGGGGAAUGAUUUCAAGGGUGCCGAUGGUUCGGAAUACAUAGCUCUUAGGGCAUCAGAAGUGAUGGCAGUGCUUUCUUAGAUUGUUUCGUUUUCGUGGGGCUUUUAUGCGUCUACUUUCUCACCCACACCAAAGAUCUAAAGCACCCCAGUUUUGGGAAAUGAGAGAGCUCAUUGAUGUAAUAGCACUUUAUGCACGAACUGCAGCAAAUGGGUUUAAAUCCAGUUGUGACUGUUGCAUUCUAAGUUAUAAGCUUAAAACUUGUUUGUGGAA